GAGUUGAAAGAUUGAUCAAAGAAAUAGGAAAGGAAAAGCCACCUGGAUUUACUAUCACCAGAAUGGGUGGAGCUUACAGUAGGGUUAUGGGAGAGUAUGUGCUUGGCUAUAUUCUCACCAAAGAGAGAUUUAUUAUUGAAGUGGCCAAAGACCAGGAGACACAAAGCUGGAACAAUUUGAAACACAGAAAUUACAGAAAUUUGGCAGAAUUAACAAUAGGAAUUCUUGGAGUGGGCGAUAUAGGUCAAGAAGUGGCUAGACUAUGUAAUGCUGUUGGUAUGACGGUCAUUGGUGUUACUCGUACUAAACCAGCAGAGGAAAAGAAAAGCCAAGCUGUAUCUCAAUAUAGGCUGAUGUCAGAAUUACCAUCUGUUCUCAAGGACUGUGAUUAUGUGUGCAAUAUUUUACCUAGUACUCCUGAAACACGUGGCACAUUGUCUGGAGACAUACUCUCUCAUUGUAAAAAUAAAAAAAGUAUCUUCAUCAACAUCGGUCGAGGUGAUAUAAUAGAUGAGCAGUCACUUAUUACUGCCUUAAAGGAAGGAUGGAUAGGUGGUGCUGUUUUGGAUGUGUUUCAGAAAGAACCUUUACCUAAAGAAAGUCCGCUAUGGAGUCUACCAGGUGUAGUUAUAACACCACAUAUCGCUGGAGCUACACAAGCUAAUUUGGUGGCAUCAAGUUUUGUUGACAAUUACAAACUGUUCAUAGAGAACAAACCUCUCAAAUACCAAGUGGAUUUUCAGCAAGGUUACUAGAAGAUCAUCUCAAAAUAUUAACAGGGCAAUCAAUUUUUCUUACAGCAUGUAGAGAAUCUCUGGAAGUGUAUUUAUUGCAUAUGUUAAGUAAAUAUGUCAUGAAUCUCUUAAUUAUGAAACCACUUUUUAUUGCAGAUGUUAAAGAAACAUGUCAUGAAACUAUUAAUUAUUAAAAAGAUAUUUUAUGAUUUAUUACAAUCAAAAGUUGGCAUUUAAAAUACUUUUUUGAAUAUUUAGCACAUUUUCAAUAUGAUUUUUAAAAGACACACAAUGUGAUUAACUAUUUAAUUAAAAUUUACAGGAUUUGUCAAUUGCUUAU